UGCCAAAAUAAAAAAAAUGUGCUUGGUUUGGUACUCUGGUUGAAAUUGGAGAGAUCCGGGGAUUGAAUACUUAUACAACAGAGUCAAGGGAGGGUAAUAAAAAUCAUUCCGGUUACUCAAUUGUGGUGAAAUCAGGUUCCCGGAUUCCAAAUUCCUUCUUGGACUCCUGUUUUCAUUUCUUUGCACCGGAAGUUUGGCUGAAAGGGUGAGACAAAAGGAGGGAUUUGGGGAUCUGCAUGCACUUGUAGAAGCAGUGGAAGUAGAAGAAAGAGAUGGGGUGCUCGUUUUCCGGGUUGAAUGCUCUCUACGACGCCGUUAAUGGAGGAGGGGAUGUCUGGAUCAAUGACAACCGAUUCCGAAUCGUCAGGCAGCUUGGGGAAGGUGGGUUCGCCUUCGUCUAUUUGGUUAAGGAGGUGGUCGCUGACUCCUCUCCCGCCUCUGCUGGCAGUGGUCUCUCUAAGAAGCUCAAAGACUCCUCUCAUGUCUCUGAGGAUGGAACUUAUGCUAUGAAAAAGAUCCUCAUUCAGAAUGGUGAACAGCUGGAGUUGGUGAGGGAGGAGAUCCGUGUCUCAUCGCUGUUUAGUCAUCGAAAUCUGCUCCCACUUCUUGAUCAUGCAAUCAUCUCUGUUAAGCCUACCCAAGAAACAUCGUGGAACCAUGAAGCAUACUUGCUAUUUCCGGUUCACUUGGAUGGAACGUUGCUAGACAAUGCCAAAACAAUGAAAGCCAAGAAGGAGUUCUAUUCUACCUCUGAUGUUCUUCAAAUAUUUCGGCAGCUUUGUGCAGGACUGGAGCAUAUGCAUGGUCUAGAUCCUCCAUAUGCACAUAAUGAUGUCAAACCUGGAAAUGUUCUGAUAACGUAUAGGAAAGGGCAGCCGCCUCUUGCCAUAUUGAUGGAUUUUGGCAGUGCUCGACCUGCCAAGAGGCAAAUUCGCUCCCGACAAGAGGCAUUACAGCUACAGGAAUGGGCAGCUGAACACUGCUCUGCUCCUUUCCGCGCUCCUGAGCUGUGGGAUUGCGCAAGCCAUGCUGAUAUUGAUGAAAGGACUGAUUGGUCACUGGGAUGCACAUUGUAUGCGAUAAUGUAUGGCGUAUCUCCAUUUGAAUACGCACUUGGAGAAUCUGGAGGAAGCCUGCAAUUGGCCAUUGUAAAUGCUCAGGUCAAAUGGCCAGCUGGACCCAAGCCCCCAUAUCCAGAAGCUCUUCAUCAGUUUGUGACAUGGAUGCUUCAACCUCAGGCCGCUGUGAGGCCCCGGAUAAAUGAUAUCAUUAUCCACGUUGAUAAGCUGAUUGCAAAGUUCUCUCCUUGAGUAAAUAUGAAGGUUCCAGCAGAGCAUGGUUAACCUUGAAUAUUGUAGCCAUCGAGAAAAUUUCGAGUGCUGUUUCUAUCAGCAGUGAUAUAUUAGAUUAGAAGCAUUAGCAUUAGCAGUUCCUUACACCCUGAACGAUUUUUUAUUUUUUGUGGUGGUUUUGGUAGUCUGCGUUGGUUUUUUUUAAUAUACUGUUUGUCAAAUUUCACAUAUUUUUUUUCCUCUGUAAUCUAUGAAAUGGUCAAUCUCCUGUUGUCUUUUACGAAUUAACAUAAAUUUCAUGUAAUUUAUUUUUACUUACCUAGUAGAUUUGUAAUACUUAA